AUGGCAAAGGAAACUGCAUUGGCGUUUGAUGUAAACGAAACGAAACCUAUAAUAUGCUACGCAGCCACCAUGAUAACAUCAGAAGGGGUUUGGAAUAAGCAAAACCCCUUGAACUAUUCUCUGCCUCUCUUUCUCUUGCAAUUAGUGUUAGUUCUCGUUGUCACCCGUCUAUUUGUGUACGUACUCAAGCCCAUUCGCCAGCCACGAGUUAUUUCUGAACUCAUGGGAGGCAUAAUAUUGGGUCCUUCGGUGCUUGGGAAAAACCAAACAUUUUCUGAUGCAGUUUUUCCUCAAAGAGGUGAGAUCUUGCUUGAAACAAUGGCAAACGUUGGCAUCGUAUAUUUUAUGUUCUUGGUGGGAGUGGGGAUGGAUGCAGCAUCGUUGAGACGCAUAGGGAGAAAAGCAGUGACCAUAGCAGUUCUAGGCAUGAUCCUACCUUUCGCAGUUGGAGCUGUGUUCUCUGCGUAUUUGAUAAAAUUCAACGGAGUAGCAGAAAGAAGCACCGCUAACAUCCUAUUCAUUGGUUCAAUUCUUUCUGUGGCAGCGUUUCCAGUUCUUGUGAGAAUCCUUGCAGAGCUGAAAUUCAUCAACUCUGAGUUGGGAAGGAUUGCUCUUUCAUCUGCACUGGUUAAUGAUCUGCUUUCAUGUCUGCUCUUGGUUCUUUCUGUUAAUUUGGCACAGCGUAAUACGCCUUCUAUCACUCUGUUGCCGACUUUCUUGGCAAGUAUAGGGUUUAUUGUUUUUAAUAUUUUUGUGGUGAGACCUUUGAUGUUGUGGAUGGUGAGGAAAACCCCGGAGGGUGAAACCUUCAGUGAUUUCUAUAUGUGCAUAAUAUUAGCAGGUGUGAUGCUCUCAGGUUUGAUCACAGAUGCUAUUGGAACACAUGCAGUUUUUGGAGCCUUUGUAUUUGGUUUGACAAUCCCACAUGGACCUCUAGGGCUCUCUCUUGUGGAAAGGCUAGAGGACUUUAUAACGUUGCUUUUGCUCCCUCUAUUUUUCGCCUCCACUGGCCUAAAAACUGAUCUUGGACUGCUCGAUAACUUCCAAGAAUGGGCAACUUUGGUCACUCUUGUUAUUUUGGCUUGCGUUGGCAAAAUCAUUGGCACUGUGAUCGCUGCACUCUAUUAUCAAAUAUCAGUUCGUGAUGGAGCAGUCCUUGGUUUGCUCCUCAACACAAAAGGCGUUGUUGAAAUUAUUGUCAUUAACAUUGGCAAGGAUCAAAAGGUUUUGACCAGCGAAUCCUUUGCAACCUUGAUGCUUAUAAGCGUGCUAAUGACAGCAAUCAUUGUACCUGGGAUGUCACUUAUAUACAAACCAGUAAGGGGAGUGAUACCUUACAAAAGAAGAACCAUUCAAUUGUCACAAAAGGAAUCAGAGUUCAGAGUCCUAGUUUGUAUCCACACUCCUCGAAAUGUGCCCACAAUGAUUAACCUCCUUGACGCCACUAACCCUUCAAAGAAGUCCCCAAUAUGCAUUUACAUGGUCCAUUUGACCGAACUCAGUGGCCAUGCAUCUGCAUUAAUCCUCGUUCAGCAUCAUACCUCCAAGGAUUCAGACCAUCCAGCCUGUAACAAGACUCAAGCUCAAUCUGAACACAUAGUCAAUGCCUUUCGAAACUACGAGCUUCAAGCUUCCAACGUCUCAGUGCAGCCCUCGACAGUAAUCUCCCCUUACUCCACCAUGCACGAGGACGUAUGCAACCUGGCUCAGGAAAAGCGUGUGGCCUUCAUCAUCGUCCCUUUCCACAAACAUCAAACGGUUGAUGGUGAAAUGGAGCCCACCAACAUGUCACACCGCAGUGUGAACAUCAAUAUACUAAGCCAAGCACCUUGCUCCGUUGGGAUUCUAGUGGAUAGAGGCUUUAAUACCAGCACCCAUCUGGGUCCAGAUCAACAAAAGUCUCACAAUGUGGCAGUGUUGUUCUUUGGAGGGCCUGAUGAUAGAGAAGCCCUGAGCUAUGCAUGGAGGAUGUCAGAAAAUCCAGGGGUAAACCUUACUCUGAUGCGUUUUGUUUAUGCGGAAGAAGUAUUGCAUCAACAUAGUGAUCACAGCCCUGACGAAAGUACGGUACUGACAGUGAACACGGAUAAGGACAAUCAGAAAAAACUUGAUGACAGGCUUAUAAGUUGGUUUAGGACAAGCCGUGAGAAUGAUGCCUCAGUUGUUUAUAUGGAGAAAAUGGUGAACAAUGGAGAGCAGACAGUAGCAGCAAUAAGGUCAAUGGAUGAUGUUCACGACCUUUUCAUAAUUGGGAGAGGCGAAGAAAUGAAAUCACCACUCAUAGCAGGACUCACUGAUUGGAGUGAAUGUCCUGAGUUAGGGGCAAUUGGGGACUUGUUGGCUUCAUCAGAUUUUGCAGCCACUGCUUCUGUGUUGAUAGUGCAACAAUAUCUUGGGGAAGGAAUGGAAGAAGAUAUUUUGGAAACAGACCAGGAUGAGCAGACAUUAACACCAUGA